AUGAAGGUGGAUAUACAAAUUGAGAUACAUCGGCAUGCUGCUCUGAAAAGCAAACCCCGGCUAGCGAAUGAAGACGACGUAUUCCCCCAAUUCCCCCAGCUUCCACUUGAGCUGCGCCGCGACAUCUGGGUACUCUCGUUGGAUCGCAUCACCGUGCACAUCAAAGAACCACCUAGCAAGGUACGCUGCUACUACAGUUGGUUCCACGACACUGUAGAAGACGAACUGAAUUGUGCUCUUCCAUCUGUAUACUGGUACCACUUGCGAGGCCUCUACACAACUGCGCACCUCGCGGUUCCUGCUCCAGCAGCGUAUCAUGCGUGCCUGGAGUCGCGGGCAGCUAUACAAGACUAUUUCGACAGGUUUGAGAAGCCAAAUUAUCAAAGUCUACCCUCCUGGUUUUGCUUCGAGAGGGACAUAGUCCGCUGCAGCAAUUACGAUCUGGAGUCCUUUCUAGACUCGCCAUGGUUUUGCAGAAUGCGGCAUCUGGUCCUGGAGCACGAGUUGCGCACAUAUGCGUAUGAGAUGGCGUAUAAUUUCGAUUCCAUGGUGCCAGGGCCAUAUGUUGGGCCACUUGGUUGGGCCGGCGACGCUAUUGGUGCGCUGAAAACACUGAGAAUCGAGCUGAACGAGUGGAUGUUUGAGGAGGACAAGAACGCACAGUAUGUUGGGUGGGAACUUUUGCGAGCGUGGCAUUGCAAAGGAGACACAGAUGUCAAGGGAGUUCAAUUUAUGUAAUUGUCUCUUGGAGAAAUGACUAUUCAUGCAAGGCUGCCAGGGUGUGCCUAGGUCAUGGAGAGCCUUGAUGUGAAAUGCGAAUCCACCAGCCUCAAAACAAUCAUAGAACAGCAAACAAACAAACAAUGACCGCGCAAGUAAUUACUGCGGAUAGCUCACAAUUCUGCCGCUUUUCAAAAUUGCCCGCAGAACUGCACCGCUCCAUCUGGCAGACUAUGAUGGGCUUGAUGCACGAUUUCCCUAUACAUACCAUUUGCGUUAGCAUAGCUUCUACUCAUGAACUUAGAUUUUAAACAAUUAUCAUACCAAAUCCAUGUAAACUGGCACACCAAUGAUUAAAAUAAGGAAAAUAAAUAUAGCAACAACGAGAAAGAUAACUUCAGUUGGUGACCAGU